AUGGAGGCGGAGCGGCAGCCAGCCGCUGGGGCCGACGGAGGGGAGACCCCCGGGCUGGAGGGGUUGCCUCCCGCUGCUCCUGCGCCAAAGCCUGCGGCCGCAGGUCGGAUCCCUGGGGUCGGGCCCGAGCCUAAGAGAAGGCAGCUCGGAACGCUGCUCCAGCCCACGGUCAACAAGUUCUCCCUUCGGGUGUUCGGCAGCCACAAAGCCGUGGAAAUCGAGCAAGAGCGGGUGAAGUCGGCGGGGGCCUGGAUCAUCCACCCCUACAGCGACUUUCGGUUUUACUGGGACCUCAUCAUGCUGCUGCUGAUGGUAGGGAACCUCAUUGUACUGCCAGUGGGCAUCACCUUCUUCAAGGAGGAGAACUCCCCACCCUGGAUCGUCUUCAAUGUCCUCUCUGACACUUUCUUCCUGCUGGAUUUGGUGCUCAACUUCCGCACGGGCAUUGUGGUGGAAGAGGGCGCUGAGAUCCUGCUGGCGCCCCGGGCCAUCCGCAUGCGCUAUCUGAGGACCUGGUUCCUGGUUGACCUCAUCUCUUCCAUCCCUGUGGAUUAUAUCUUCCUGGUGGUAGAGCUAGAGCCGCGGCUGGACGCUGAGGUCUACAAAACUGCGAGGGCCCUGCGCAUCGUUCGCUUCACCAAGAUUCUCAGCCUGCUGCGGCUGCUCCGCCUCUCCCGCCUCAUCCGCUACAUACACCAGUGGGAGGAGAUCUUCCACAUGACCUAUGACCUGGCCAGUGCUGUGGUUCGCAUCUUCAACCUCAUUGGGAUGAUGCUGCUGCUGUGUCACUGGGAUGGCUGUCUGCAGUUCCUGGUCCCCAUGCUGCAGGACUUCCCUCCUGACUGCUGGGUCUCCAUCAACCACAUGGUGAACCACUCAUGGGGCCGCCAGUAUUCCCACGCCCUGUUCAAGGCCAUGAGCCACAUGCUGUGCAUCGGGUACGGGCAGCAGGCACCUGUAGGCAUGCCCGACGUCUGGCUCACCAUGCUCAGCAUGAUUGUGGGUGCCACAUGCUACGCCAUGUUCAUCGGUCAUGCCACCGCCCUCAUUCAGUCUCUGGAUUCUUCCCGGCGUCAGUACCAGGAGAAGUACAAGCAGGUGGAGCAGUACAUGUCCUUCCACAAGCUGCCGGCUGACACACGCCAGCGCAUCCAUGAGUACUAUGAGCACCGCUACCAGGGCAAGAUGUUUGACGAGGAGAGCAUCCUGGGCGAGCUAAGCGAGCCACUCAGGGAGGAGAUCAUUAACUUCACCUGCCGGGGCCUGGUGGCCCACAUGCCGCUGUUUGCCCAUGCUGACCCCAGCUUCGUCACUGCGGUGCUCACCAAACUGCGAUUUGAGGUCUUCCAGCCAGGGGACCUCGUGGUGCGUGAGGGCUCCGUGGGCAGGAAGAUGUACUUCAUCCAGCAUGGGCUGCUCAGUGUGCUGGCUCGUGGCGCCCAGGACACCCGCCUCACUGAUGGAUCCUACUUUGGGGAGAUCUGCCUGCUGACCCGGGGCCGGCGCACAGCCAGUGUUCGGGCUGACACCUACUGCCGCCUCUACUCCCUCAGCGUGGACCACUUCAACGCUGUGCUUGAGGAGUUCCCCAUGAUGCGCCGGGCUUUUGAGACUGUGGCCAUGGAUCGGCUGCGCCGCAUCGGCAAGAAGAAUUCCAUACUGCAGCGGAAGCGCUCUGAGCCAAGUCCAGGCAGCAGUGGUGGCCUCAUGGAGCAACACUUGGUACAACAUGACAGGGACAUGGCUCGUGGUGUUCGGGGCCUGGCCCCAGGCACAGGAGCUCGGCUCAGUGGAAAGCCAGUACUGUGGGAGCCACUGGUGCAUGCACCCCUGCAAGCAGCUGCUGUGACCUCCAGUGUGGCCAUUGCCCUGACUCAUCAGCGAGGUCCUCUGCUUCUCUCCCCUGACUCUCCAGCUGUCCUCCUUACUCGCUCUGCUCGAUGCUCAGCAGGCUCUCCAGCCUCCCCACUGGUGCCAGUCCGAGCUGGCCCUCUGCUGGUCCGAGGGCCAUGGGCAUCCACCUCUCGCCUGCCUGCUCCACCUGCCCGAACCCUCCACGCCAGCCUUUCCCGGACAGGGCGCUCCCAGGUCUCCCUGCUGGGCCCCCCCCCAGGAGGAGGUGGACGGUGGUUAGGACCUCGGGGUCGCCCUCUCUCAGCCUCCCAACCCUCUCUGCCUCAGAGGGCAGCAGGUGAUGGCUCUCCUGGGCGCAAAGGCUCAGGAAGCGAGCGCCUGCCCCCCUCAGGGCUCCUGGCCAAGCCUCCAGGGACAGUCCAGCCUCCCAGGCCACCAGUGCCUGAGCCAGCAGCCUCCCGGGGUCCCCAGCUCUCUGCCAACAUGUGAAACCCUUAGGUAUACCUGGCUUUAGCUC